ACAUGAGACACAGUUAUACAAUCUUGAUUCGUUUGUUUCGGCCCCACUCUCUUCUUCCUCAUACGAUUAUAACUCAGCUUGUCGCUCACAAACACCUUGAGUAACCUGGGCACAGAACUCCGGCGCCGCCGCCCCAAAACCACUCAAUAACCAGGUACGCCCCUUCAAUCAACAAAACCCUUGCCGAUAAAAAAAAAAAUUCACCAAAACCUAAUCGCCCCCUUCUGUGCUCAACUCUAAAAAACCCUAGUUUCUAGUGAGUCACAUCGUUUGUCGUGUGAGUAGAGUUGAUUCAAGCUGUUCAAUUAGUUAAACACAUCUUCAUCUUCAAAUGAAUGCUCGCCACAGUAUUAUGUCUUUUUGUGUUUUGAGCUUUUAAUGGGUGUCUCUCUAUUUGUUCAACGGCAAAAGUCGAACCUUUCAGACCCCUUUGCGUCUGGGCAUCGAAUAAGUCGGUUGGUGGGUUUCUUGGUUUUUGUGGAGACUGUAAGUAUACAGACAUAAUGGGUGUUUCCCAUUUCUUCAUUUGCUCGCGCAAUGUACUCGAUAGCUGCACGCGGUCAGUGGUUGGUUCAGUGUCUUUCUUGUUUCUCUGGCGUUGCCCGCUCAUUCUGCAGCCGUACGUAUUUUGGGGACGGUGUCGAUGAUGGGUUUAUGAGCGUAGAGGGGUUGUUGAAUGGAGAUUGGAAGAGUCAGGAAAUAGAUUUUCCAGAUGCAAAACCUGAAUCAGAAAAUAGUCGUGGAGGGCAUUCAUGGGAGAAUUUCAAUGGAAGGAGGAGUUUUUUUGGUAAUGUGAGAGGUGAUGCUGAGAAAGUUCUUGUAAUUCUUCAGCAAGAAGGUCCCGGGUAUGAUGCGAAAGCAGCUUUAAAUGAUUUGCAGAUAAGAGUGUCAGGCUUACUCGUAAGAGAAGUUCUUUUAGGGAUAUUGAGAACUAUUAAUUGCGCGAAUAAGACCCGUUGUGCGAAAUUGGCUUACAAGUUCUUUGUGUGGUCUGGUCAACAAGAGAAUUACAGGCACACAGCAAAUUCAUACCACUUGAUCAUGAAGAUCUUUGCAGAUGCAGAGGAAUUUAAAGCAAUGUGGAGGCUGGUUGAUGAGAUGAUUGAGAAAGGAUAUCCCACCACUGCUCGUACAUUUAACAUAUUGAUAUGUACAUGCGGAGAGGCAGGCCUAGCCAAGAGAGUUGUAGAGAGGUUCAUCAAAUCGAAGACAUUUAACUAUAGGCCAUUCAAGCAUUCGUUCAAUGCUAUUCUACAUUCCCUUCUUGUAGUAAGCCAGUACAAGUUAAUUGAGUGGGUAUAUCAGCAGAUGUUGAUUGAAUGUCAUUCCCCUGAUAUUUUAACUUACAAUAUCCUAAUGUGCGCAAAAUUCAGGCUGGGGAAGCUAGAUCAGUUUCAUAGAUUGUUAGAUGAAAUGGGUAGAAGUGGUUUCUCUCCAGAUUUCCAUACCUUUAACAUCCUUCUCCAUGUUCUUGGAAAAGGGGACAAGCCGCUGGCGGCACUUAAUCUUUUGAACCACAUGAAAGAAGUAGGCUGUGAUCCGAGUGUUCUUCACUUUACAACUUUGAUAGAUGGGCUCAGUCGAGCCGGAAACUUGGAUGCCUGUAACUAUUUUUUUGAUGAGAUGAAUAAGCAUGGAUGCAUGCCUGAUGUGGUUUGUUACACUGUCAUGAUCACGGGAUAUAUUGUGGCAGGAGAACUUGAGAAGGCUGAAGAAUUGUUUGAUGAAAUGAUCACAAGGGGACAGUUGCCAAACGUAUUUACAUACAAUUCCAUGAUCCGUGGGCUUUGUAUGGCGGGAAGGUUUGACAAGGCAUGCUUGAUGCUCAAAGAGAUGGAGUUCAGGGGUUGUAAUCCGAAUUUCCUUUUGUAUAGUACUCUAGUUAGUAACCUGCGUAAUGCUGGAAAGCUUUCUGAAGCUCAUGAAGUAAUUAGACAUAUGGUAGAGAAGGGGCAGUACAUCCACCUGGUUUCGAAGAUCAAGGGAUACAGGAGAUGCUGAAGUGGUAGGUUAUGUGUGGUGACAGUAAUUCAUUUGUAACUUUAUGGAGACUUCUUGAUCCAGCUCAGUUGACAUCGUUGGCGCAUUGCUCAUUGCAGAUGUCAUGUAAGUUACAAUUUUGCGUCCCUGUUUUUCAUUAUCCUUACAAUUCUCCCCAUAAUAUGCUCAAAUUCUCUUGAAGGUCCACACCUUAUUACAAAUAGAACUAGAUUUUUUGUUUUUUACCCGGGUUUCCUGUAUCCUUGAUAUAAUUUUCUCCUUUCAAAGGAAGAGGUUUCAGAAUUAGGGCUGUAGUAACCUUUCUUGCAUGAAAAUCUUUAAUUUUGUUGGUAGAAAUAAUUAUAUCUUUGUUCUU